AUGGCGGAAAUACCACCAACUCCCGAGUAUGACGCCUCGGAUCCCAAGGGCGGCGACCCGACCAUGGUCAACGUCAACGCCGCCUACACAGGCUUGGAGUUCCACUACAUCUGGCUCAUGGUCUGCGCGUGUCUGGUCUUCCUAAUCAUCCCGGGCAUCGGUCUCCUCUACGGCGGUCUCGCACGACGCAAGUCGUCGCUGUCGCUUCUCUUCCAGUCAUUCCUGGUCAUGGCGGUGACGACGUUCCAAUGGAUGUUCUGGGGCUACUCGCUCGCCUACAGUCGCUCGGCCGGACCCUUCAUCGGCGACCUCAAGAACUUUGGCCUGAUGAACGUCCAGGUGGCACCUUCGCCCGGCUCGCCGUAUCUGCCUGAGAUUGUCUUCUGCCUGUACCAGCUGCUCUUCUGCGCGUGCACGGUGCAGAUCGUCAUCGGCGGUGCGUUUGAGCGCGGGCGCAUCGUGCCGUCGCUGAUCUUCUCGUUCCUGUGGGCCACCAUCGUCUACUGCCCCAUUGCGUGCUGGACGUGGAACGCCAAUGGCUGGCUGUACAACCUCCCUUCGCUCGAUUUCGCAGGCGGCGGGCCGGUGCACAUUGCCUCGGGCUGGUCUGCGUUGGCCUACGCAUUCGUGCUGGGCAAGAGAAAGCACGCGGGUGAGGCGUCGCACCAGAAGCCACACAACACCACUCUCGUUUUCCUCGGCACGGUGCUCAUCUGGUUCGGAUGGUUUGGCUUCAACGGCGGCUCGGCACUCAACGCGUCGGUGCGGUCGAUGUAUGUGUGCUUCAACACCAACACGGCGGCGUGUUUUGGCGUGCUGGGCUGGGUGUGUGUCGACUACGUCAAGCACAAAGGCAAGUUCUCCGUGGUGGGCGCCUGCUCAGGGGCGAUUGCCGGGCUGGUGGGCAUCACGCCCGCCGCCGGCUUCGUGUCGCUCUGGAUCGCGGCUGUAAUCGGCUUCCUCACCGGCGCCGCCUGCUCGGCCGUGCAGAACGUCGAUCGCUGGCUGCACAUCGACGAGGGCAUGGAUGUCUUCAAGCUGCACGGCAUUGGCGGCAUGAUCGGCUCCUUCCUCACCGGCAUCUUCGCCCAGACCUGGGUCGCCUCGCUCGAUGGCCUGGGCACCGAGGCCGCCGGCGCCAUGGACGGCGAGGGCGUGCAGGUCGGCCGCCAGCUUGCUGAGAUCUGCGCCAUUUCUGCCUACUCGUUCAUCGUCUCCUGCAUCCUGCUCUACAUCAUCAAGUUCAUCCCGGGCAUGCACCUGCGCGUCAGCGAGGAGGCCGAGAUGAUUGGCCUCGACAUUGACCAGUUCUUCGACGAGCAGAUUGGCGACUGGAGCCUAUUCGAGCAGAUGCAGCUUUCUCACGGCCAGCCUGCCGCUGUGAGCGGCUCCAGCAGCCAAAAGCACAGUGAGGAUGGCAAGGAGCCUAAGGAGGCCUAG